AUGAAAAAGGUAUUCUCUGUAGUGAAGUGGCCGCCAGAGCUCGCUCUAGAGGAACUGGAACUGGAUGCCGUUCCAUUUUGGGUUCAAAUCAGGGGAAUUCCUCUGGGCCUAGCCUCCGUAGAUAACAUCCAGCGAUUAACAAAAGAGGCUGGAAAGUUUUUAGCCAUGGAGGAUCCCGGCCUUGCUCGAGGAUUUCUGCGGGUUCGAAUCCUAGUGGAUACGGAAAAGCCGUUAUUCAAGGGAUGUUGGAUUCGGAGGGAUACUAACAAGGAUACCUGGGUUGAAUUUCGAUAUGAACGGCUACAGGAUUUCUGCUACCGGUGUGGCCGGAUAGGGCAUAUCAACACUGAGUGCACUGUUGAGGUGACUGGAGAAGGGGCAGUGGCGUAUGGAGAGUGGUUAAAGGCGCCUCCGGUCAGGGAUGUGGUUGCAGUUACGAGAGUGGAAUGCGUGGGAAGGGGAGAACGCCGGCAUGCAGGUGCGGUGCGCAGAUCGGGCAACGCGGUUAUUCAGAAUCAAGGCUGCUUACGGAAGUCGAUUGUGCAUGGACAGGAAAGUACACAAACUGUUGAGUCGAGGGGAACACCAACGAUUCAGAGCACAGGUCCGAAGAAGUGGCGGAGAAGGAAGCGGGUAGAGGGUGAGGAUUCGUCGUCCAGCUCUAGUAUGGAACGCACAAAACCAAGGGGGGAAGGGCAGUCGGGAAAUAAUCAGGGGGUCAAUGAAGCUUUGUCGGCUCAGGGUGAUGACCCAUUGUGGGGGAUCAAAAGGGGGGUGGAAUCGCAUGAGCUAUUUUUAACUCCAGUCUCACAGAAGAAACCUAGAGGCCCGGAUAUGGAGGAGAAAGGCCAAGGCAGGGUGGCGGAACUAGGGAGAAGCAUAAUCUCAAAGGAAGGGAGUCUAAUGAUGGAAUGUGCGGUAAGUACUUCGGGUGCAAAUAAGGAAGGAAUAAGUGAGCACCAGGAGAGAAAUGAGUUAUCGGAUGGGGGGUCGGAUACUGCCAGUGGGAGGAGGGUGGCAGGGAAGGCGGGCAUGACAGCUCGGGGCGGUGGCGGCUGGCCUUCAACAGUCGCAGGCCAGCCAUGA